CUGUAAAAAGUUUUAAAAAUUAUCGGGUCGGGUUCUUUUCCUACUCGUAUUUAUCAGAACAUGCCAAUUGGCCCUCGAACUCUUCAGAGAAGUUCCAAUUUAUCCUUAAACCCCUUCUCUUUCAUAAAACCCUCAAACCUCCCCAAUGUAGCAUAUACUAUAUAAAACAGCUCAAAUCAUCAACCAAACAGAAAAAUUGAAAGAAACAGCGAGAAAAGAAAAGAAAAAACAAAGGGAGAGAGAAAGAGGAAAGGAAAGGAAAAUGUUCUUCUUCUUCGUGGGAGGGGUAGAGCAACAGGUGCGACAGGUGCUGAAGAGUGGAGCAGGAAGGUGCAUACGCUGUGGGUCACGUGCCGAUCUCGGGGAAUACGAGAAGGUCCUCAAGCUCUUCUUCAUCGCCGUAUGGAAGUGGCGAGGCAAAGAGCCUCUCAUGCGAUGCAACAACUGCAAUCUCUUCUUCCCACCCUCCUUCUCUUUGCCGCCUCCCACAAACUCAUCUCCGCCGCGUACGGCGGUCCCCAAUGUUCUCCGGUGCCAAUUCUAUUCUCGGGAGGUUGAUCCCUACCCUCCUCAAAAUAGGAUAGAAAAGUUGGGACAACGGCAUAAAACACUCCAAAAAGUAAAAAGUGUGCAAAACACACCCUUAUAA